AUGUGUGCUCCACAACCAAUUAAUCACUUUGCUUUUCUCGUUACGACAUCAAACCAAGCACUUCCUCUGACAGCAAACUUCGGUGCUAAUUCAAGCAUCUCUGCCAAACCUGACAACCCUCCUUGCUUAGGUGGAGUAAUUUCGGAGGUUUUAUCUUCGUCGGAUCUUCGCACUUUCCUUGAUCCGAAUGUCUGCGAUCAAACUAAACCUGCCACCACACCUCCAUUAGACACUUGGUGUCUUGUUGUGAGCAAUCCCGGAACAACUCCCGUUUAUGUUAGUAUCAAAAUUGAUGUUUCAGUUCCAUCUACACCGACAUCGACAGCUCCAUCAGGCACAACCUCAACUGGUGGGACGACGGUUGUAGUUACAGUCCCAUCUGCUGCAAAUAGUGCGCGGCAAAAAAUUAAUAAUACAGAAUCCGGGAAAUAA